AUGGACAACAAAGAUCCCAGCAUCACCACUCUGAGCCGACGGUUCCUGUACAGAUACCUCGACUACGCUCGGGUAACCACGGGAACCACCUCUCUGACCCCACACUGGGAUAAGUGUGUUAAUUACGUGGAGAACUCCCUCCAACGUUGCUGUGCUCUGCUAUCUCUGAGUUACGGGGCCAUCGGAGUGAUAGUCGGACACGAGUUGACACACGGCUUUGACAACAACGGUCGUAAAUAUGACAAAAAUGGCAAUCUUGACCAGUGGUGGAGCAACUCGUCUGUGACGGCCUUCACAGAGAAGACUCAGUGUAUGAUUGAGCAGUACAACAACUACCACUGGGAGGAGGCCGGCUUAAAUGUUCGUGGUACGAGGACUCUGGCUGAAAACAUAGCAGAUAAUGGAGGAGUGAGAGAAGCUUUCAGGGCGUACAGGCGGUGGGUGGAUGAAAGCAGAGCUGGGGUGGAGGAGCCUCUACUUCCAGGAGUGGAACUAAACAACAAUCAGCUGUUCUUCCUGAGCUAUGCACAUGUUAGAUGUAAUUCAUACAGACCCGAAGCAGCCAGAGAACAGAUCCAGAGCGGCGCCCACAGUCCUCCAAAAUCAGAGGUGGGUAGUAACGAAGUCAUCGGGGCGAUGAGCAACUACGACGAGUUCAGGAAAGCCUUCAGAUGUGAUGAUUCGUCAGUUAUGAACCGAGGAGCGCAGUCCUGCCGGGUCUGGUGA